AGAGACCAGCGGAGCCCUUAAUGGUUCCCAUCAAAACCACUAAAAACACCAUCAGAACCGAGAGACGCAAGAGCGCAAAGAGCCGCGCCGGGAUCCGCGAGGAGCGGAAUUACGCACGCACUUUUCCAGCUGAUUCCAGCUGAUUCCAGACAAAACAAACCCGCAGGAGACGCAUCUUUAGUGGAUAGAGGAAGAAAGAAGUUUUUGCUCCGGGAUACUUGCGUGGAUCAGACUGCGCCCUCAUCCUUUUCCUCCCCGGUGCGCGCUGCGCCCUCAUCCAAAACCUUCUCCUCCUCUUUCUCCGGUGCGCGCUGCGCCCUUUUCCACUUUUUCUCCUCUCCAAAUUUUUAAACUCCAAGUGCCAAGAUCGGCGGUUCAUGUCCACAGAUGUUAGCGGUGGGGCAGAUGGAGGGAAACCACCGGCAGAGCGCGUUCGUCCUGGGCAGCACUCCGCUGGCGGCGCUGCACAACAUGACGGAGAUGAAGACGUCCCUGUUCCCGUACCUGGGCCCGCACGGCGGCCCCGCCGGCGGCUUCAAGCUGCCGGCCUCGGGGCUCAACACGCACAUGGCCGCCGGGGCCACGCCGCACGGCAUCAGCGACAUCCUGGGCAGACCCAUCACCUCCGCGGGCCAGCUGCUGUCCGGCUUCCCGCGGAUCAGCGGCCUGGCCGCCGCCACGGCCGGCAUGUACUUCAGCCCGGCGGCCGUGGGCCGGUACCCGAAGCCGCUGGCCGAGCUGCCCGGCCGGGCUCCCAUCUUCUGGCCCGGGGUGAUGCAGGGAUCCCCGUGGAGGGACCCGCGCGGCCCCUGUCCCGGUCAGGGUAGCAUGAUGGUGGAUAAGGACGGGAAGAAGAAACACUCCCGGCCGACGUUUUCGGGCCAGCAGAUCUUUGCUCUGGAGAAAACCUUCGAGCAGACCAAGUACCUGGCGGGGCCGGAGCGGGCGCGGCUCGCGUACUCGCUGGGGAUGACGGAGAGCCAAGUCAAGGUUUGGUUCCAGAACAGGAGAACCAAGUGGCGGAAGCGACACGCGGCGGAGAUGGCCUCGGCCAAGAAGAAGCACGACUCGGAGACGGAGAAGAUGAAGGAGAGCUCGGACAACGACGACGACGACGAGUACAACAAGCCGCUGGACCCCAACUCGGACGACGAGAAAAUCACGAGACUGUUGAAAAAGCACAAGGCCACGAACCUGGCGCUCAUCAGCCCCUGCAGCAACAGCUCGGACACGUUGUGAUGCCACGGCGGCUGCCCGUGCAGGGUCGUGGACCCGGGGUCAUAGGAGGGGUCCAGGGAACCGAGGGGUCCUCACAGCCCCCCCAGACCCGCUAUCCACCUGAUAGAACGGGAAUCCCAUGUUUUUAAACAGUAUUUACUCAAGCUCGAUCAUGCGUAAAAGUGUGCGCCAUGCGUAAAAGUGUGCGCCAUUACGCACGGAGGAGUCCAAAUCUCACGGAGGACACUAAACCCACGGGCCUGGAGGACUCGCACCCACGUCCCACUGAAAAGGACAGUAAUUCCCAGAAAAGGAGAAAAGGAAGCCGAACUUCCGAGACUCUUAAGGUGGAAUUUUAAACAGCGGACGAAAAAAACGCAAAACUGUAGAUUAAAUCCACACGGUCCGGAUCAGCGUGCGCGCCUCUUCCCACCCCCUGAAAUGAGUUCAAAUGAGUUCAAAUGAGUGAAUUCAAAGAGAUAAAGUCCUCAUCCUGCGUAAUUCAGGACAUAUAUUGCCUUUUUCCAUUCCUCAUCCAAGCCAGGGUUGUGCAUGAACAGUUUGGACGAUGCUGCGUCUGCAGUUAUUUUGCAGCAAAUAUCGCGCUGUUUUUUUAGGAUCAUCCACUUUUUGGUAUGUUUUUAUUUUAUUUUAUUUUAUUUUAUUUUAUUUCAUUUCAUGUGGAAAGCUUCUAACAUGGCUGGUUUCACGCUGAUCCGGUGCCGGACAGACACUUUACAGGUGAAGUCGGGGCUUGUGAAGCGCUUCACUCCACGCAGGGUAAAAUCCACGUCCCGGGGCUCGGAACCAGCCUCAGUCCUGACGAGAAUAAUGUAGAUAUUUUUUACUGAAUAAGUUAUGUUUGACCCCCUCUUGCAGCCCUCCUGCGCUUAUUGCCCCCCAGCCCAGAUAUACAAGCUGCUUCGUUUUUAUUCCAGCAGAGUAACGCUCCUCUCUCCUCCACCCAUCCAUCCUCCCUUCCUCCUCCUUUUAUUGAAUUCUCGAUUCAGUACUCGGGCACAAAAAAUGUAUAGACGCAAAAAACGCUGUAAAUAAUCACCGUAAAAGAGGAGAAAGGAGGAAGAAGAAAAGCGGCUUGUUUUAACGACGUCAGUGCUUUUGGUUUCGUUUGGAAAAAGUUUUUACCUCGUCAACGCAGGAGGACACAAAAACUGGAGCAGCCUUUUCAUUUGAAAAAUAAAAGAAUUAUUGCUUCCGGGAAGGUUAUAUGAAGAAGAAGAAAAAAAAGACUUUGUAUAAUGAAUAAAUUAUUUAA